AUGGCGAGGGAGUCUGUUGCACAAAGUUAUUUGAAUGAACUUAUCUCCAAAAAUCUGGUUCUUGCCACUGAAAGAGAAAUCAAUGGACAACUACAGAGUUGUUGUGUUGUUUUGCACCAUGUCCGUGAUUACAUCCUUUCAAAAGAGGAGAAUUUCGUUACUGUUUUGGAGUCUGACCCAGACCGGAGGACUAUGCCUGCAUUUGAGAAAAUUCGACGCCUUUUAGUGUUAAAAGCUGAUUGUGUCAGUCUGCGGUACUCUUUCAACUUGAAUCAUUUGCAUACCUUAGUGGUCUUUGGUAGUUGGUCUUAUUCUGAGCUUAAAUGGGUACUUGAAAACUGUAAAUAUUUGAGGGUUUUAGAUUUGCAAGGAGUAACUAAUUUGAAGGAGUUUCCCGAAAACUUUUCCGUUAAGGGUCUCAUUCUCUUGAAGUACUUGAGUCUGCGGGGAUCAAGGAAUACAACAAUUCCAAAGUCCAUAAGAAAGUAUCAAUGCUUGAAGACCUUAGUUCUUGAAGACACCAUGGUGAUCAAAUUGCCAGAAAAAGAGAUGCGUGUACUCAAGAAUCUGCGCCAUUUUUCAGUCUCGUCCAAUCAUACUGGCGGAGUGAUGUUAUCAGCUGGCAAUAUUAAAGAUUUAUCUUCCAUACACGGGUUCUCACUGAUUAAGGUGAAAAACAACAGAACAAUCAUAAAAGCCUUGGGAGAGUUGAAAAAUGUUAGGAAUUUAGGACUGGUAGAUCUUGAAACACAAGAUGGACAAGAACUAUGUACUGCCCUUGAGAAAAUGAAGCAUCUUUCGACACUUGAUAUAAGAGCAGAACGCCUGGAGUUCCUUGAUUUGGAUCAUAUGCGAUCCCCUCCUCAUUUUCUCCAGGGUCUACAUUUGGAAGGACGCCUAGAAGGGCUACCUAAGUGGAUUCUCCAGCUUAGUAGUCUAGAGAAGAUUGGUUUACAUGGUUCAGAGCUGAGGGCUAACGUUAACCCACUUGAGCUCCUUCAAGCUCUGCCUUAUCUGCUUGAGCUUGACUAG